AUGAGUUCUAGCUCUGAUGAUGUCGAUCAUAUGAUGGACGAAGGCUCAGCCAGUUUUCACCCAAAACGAGGCAUGGCGUCUCGUAGACUGCGUCAACCUGAACGUCGUAUUAAAACUAAACAACGAGCUGAAAUGUAUGAAUACAUUUCGAUUUCCCCCGAAACCCAUUUCCUCUUCAUUACUACAAAGACGGCCGCCACCGGGACGUAUCCUGUAACAAUUCAAGAGGCGAACUGUAUCAAGCGACAACACAACACGAUACAGCAGGCCUGUUUCUCCUGGUUGAUAUGCUUUAAUGAACCAUUAUCAAGUGUCAUGUUGAGAGGACUCAGACGCAAGAAGAGAGCUGGAAAAAAGCCGAAUUGGACUGAUUCACGCUUGAGCAACUGGGGCAGACGUCGUGGUGAGAGACUAACUGAUCAAGCUCGAAUUCGAGAUACGUUCGGAUUUGAGUGCGAAACCCUGGUGUUAUGGAUGGAAAUUUUCCGUCUUGGAGAACUUUGUCGGUAA